GCAAAAAAGAAAUUCUUGUCCUUGUCCAGCUACAUCCCGGGUGCUUACGAUGACGACAAGGCCUUUGCGAAUCUCAAUUCUGAAUUGGAAAAGAUCGAGAAGGACAACAAGGGAAAGAGCACAAACAGAUUGUUCUACAUGGCCUUGCCUCCCAACGUCUUUACUGUCGUCGCUGCUGGAUUGAAGAAGAACUGCUACGUCGAACAGGGAAACAACAGGAUUGUCAUUGAGAAGCCGUUUGGCAAGGAUUUGGAAAGCAGUCGCGAGAUGAUGGGCAAGCUGAAGGAUUUGUGGAAAGAGGAAGAGACUUUCCGCAUUGACCACUACCUUGGCAAAGAGAUGGUCAAGAACUUGCUGGUCAUGCGCUUCGGAAAUCCAGUGGUGGAUGUGGGUCUGAACAACAAAUUUGUCGACAAUGUCCAGAUCACAUUCAAGGAGCCUUUUGGUACUGAAGGUAGAGGAGGCUACUUUGACGAGUUUGGAAUCAUUCGUGACAUUCAGCAAAAUCACUUGACACAGGUCUUGUCAUUGCUGGCCAUGGAUGCGCCAAAGUCAUUGGGAGCUGAAGACAUCCGAGACCAAAAGGUCAAAGUUUUGGAGUCUGUGCCUCCUAUUGAUGCGAAGGAUGUGCUGAUUGGCCAGUACUCGGCUGCCAAUGGAAAGCCCGGCUACAAGGAUGAUGACACUGUGCCAAAGGACAGCAACUGCCCCACCUUCGCUGCGCUCGUCCUCUGGGUUAACAACGAGCGCUGGAAGGGUGUGCCUUUUGUCCUGAAGGCAGGCAAGGCACUUGACGAGGGCCAGGUGUCAAUUCGAGUGCAGUACAAGGAUGCAGAGGGCCCAUUGAAGGGUGCUGCUCGCAACGAGCUCGUACUCAGAGUGCAGCCCAAUGAAGCAGUGUACUACAAGAUCAACGCAAAGACACCGGGUCUGGAGGGCUCGUUCUCAAGCUCUUUGCCCGCGGAUCUGGACCUCACGUACAAGCAGCGCUUUGAGAACAUCCGCAUUCCAGAAGCAUACGAAGCGCUUAUCCUCGACGCGCUUAACGGCGAUCACAGCAACUUUGUUCGAGACGACGAGCUGGACGCGUCAUGGAAGAUCUUCACCCCUAUCUUGCAUGCGAUUGACGCCGGCAAGGUGCAAGUCAGCUCGUACCCUUAUGGAAGCCGAGGUCCUUCCGAGCUCAACGAGUUCUUGGCAAAGUACGGAUACAGACGAUCUGAUGGAUACGAGUGGCCCAAGACCAAUGUCGCAAACGUCUCUGGCAAAAUGUAAGGGGGCAGCCACACGAACUGCAGGAUAGGAUCUGCAUCUUAUCACAUUGCGCCAAGAAUCCGGCUCGGACUUCGAUCAAGGUCGUCUCACUUUGACACUUACCCCUGCAUGAAAAUCUAGACGAUGAAUGGAAUGUGACAUUUGGAUCCCCGUAGAG